AUGACUGAAGGGCCGGCCUUCUCGAAAAAAAUCGUCGUGGUUGGCGACGGCGGCUGCGGCAAGACCUGCCUGCUCAUCAGCUACAGCCAAGGAUACUUUCCGGAGAAAUAUGUUCCGACCGUUUUCGAAAAUUAUAUCACGUACCCUAUACACCCGCCCACCGGUAAGACGGUGGAGCUCGCGCUGUGGGAUACCGCCGGUCAGGAGGAGUACGACCGGCUACGCCCGCUCUCGUACCCCGAGACCGACCUCAUUUUUGUUUGCUUCGCCAUCGACUGCCCGAACUCGCUCGAGAACGUGAUGGACAAGUGGUACCCCGAAGUUUUGCAUUUCUGCCCUUACACCCCACUGAUCCUCGUCGGCCUCAAGUCGGAUCUGCGCUACAAGAAGACGUGCAUCGACAUGCUGAAGACACAGGGGCUCACGCCCGUGACUACGGAGCAGGGCCUCGCCGUCGCCAAGAAGAUGGGCGCGCAGUAUAUGGAGUGCAGCAGCAAGGAGAUGAAGGGCGUUGAGGAGAUCUUUGAGCGCGCCAUCCUGACGGUAGUAGCCAACGACCGCAAGAUGCUCGAGGCCGAGGCUGCCGCCGCCGCUUCCUCGGGCGGUGGUGGGCUCGGGAUCGGGAGGAGGGGCAGCACGGCUCUCAAGAGCGGGAUAACGUUCGGGAGCGAUGGCGUACCGAUUCCGAUUGUUAAGAAGAAGAAGAGAAAGUGCGCGUUGGUCUGA